CUUGCCCCCCGGCGGAGCUAGACAGAUGGGGUGGGGCAGCGGGCGGAGCUCCGCCUUGGCGGACUUGGACGCCUGCGGCAGCCCCAGCUGUCUAGACUGUCCACGUGCGGCUCUCUAUGCUUCGCCGGAAGUGGGAUGCUCCCCCUUCUCGUGCCUGUGUCGCCGGGGUUGGUAACGGUUGUGGCUCGGGCCGCUUCGGCCAUGGCCUGCAGACGCGGGGCGCUGGUGGUGCUGGAGGGGGUGGACCGGACCGGGAAGACCACGCAGAGCCGGAGGCUGGUGGAAGCGCUGCGGGAAUCUGGGCACCUCGCCGAGCUCCUGCGAUUCCCGGACAGAACAACAGAAAUUGGGCGGCUAAUUAGCUCCUACUUGGAGAACAAGAGCAAUUUGGAGGACCACACAGUGCAUCUGCUUUUCUCUGCUAACCGCUGGGAACAAGUGCCGUUGAUUAAAGAGAAGUUAAAUCAAGGCAUCACUCUAGUGGUGGACAGAUACGCCUUUUCCGGGGUGGCCUUCACAAGUGCCAAAGAGAAUUUCUCCUUGGAUUGGUGCAAACAGCCUGAUGUAGGGCUUCCAAAGCCAGAUUUGAUCCUAUUUCUUCAGUUGAGCACAUUGGAGGCAGCAAAACGAGGGGACUUCGGAAACGAACGCUAUGAGAACAGCUCCUUCCAGGAGAAAGUUCUACAGAACUACUACCAUCUGAUAAAGGACAAGACUUUAAACUGGAAGAAGGAGGAGUGGGGACCCAGAGAGAAAAAAAAGACUCCUGCCUUGUGCCAAAGCUAUAAAAGGGAGUGCAGCAGAACAAAGGAGGGCAGUUAUUACAAAGCCCCUGUUUUCCACCUAAGAGGUCUGCUGGAACUAACAAGAACUGUACCGGGGAAAGGAUUGGGCCCAGACUAGGAAGGAGUCUAGUCUGUGAAAGAAGCUUAUUGAAACAUCUGAGGGGAAUGCCACUGUCGUCAAGAUCUGCAAAGGCAGUCCUCAGAUGUGAACACAGAUUCAGAGAUGUUAAAGCCAGAAGAGAACUUAUCACCUAGUCCUGUACAAUACAAGCAGAGAUUCCAGCAGCAAGCCCAAUACCUUGCAAGGCCUAGAGACAGAUUCUUGGAGGACUGUCCUCCAUUGGAGUUGACUUGUCUUUUUGGUCCACCAAGCCUGGGAGCAAGGGGUAAACUCCAUCUCCUCUCUCAAGUUUUUGCCCCACUGGGAUUGAUUUCACAGGGAGGUGGGAGACUAUUUGGUUGAGACACCACACUAUUCAGCACAAUUGCUUUUAUACUGCACACUGAAAAGUAAAAAACUACCCCAUUGCAUUGCACAGAAGGAACAAAAGGUAAAGCCCAGCACUUACUUGAGCACUUGUGCAACUGUGUUUGGUCCGUACCACUGGCCUAUCGAUUUGCCCUCUCCAACUCCCAUCUGGGCUGCACCAAGUAGACAACCAAAUUAGUCAGCAGCCUCCACCCCUUGCUCCUUCUCACAGCCCGUAGUGUCCUACUGCUGGAGUUCGAUGUUGUUAGGCAUGAUCGGUUGCAAAAAAGGAUUUUAUGGGAAGAGCUACAGCUUGGGUCUGGGCUACACUAAAAGGUUAGGUGAAGCCCAGCCAUGUCUAUCAGGGGUGUGAAAAAUCCACACCCCCUAAGCGAUGUAGUUAAACUGACCUAAUCCCAGCCUAGACAGCACUACGCCAACAGAAGAAUUCUUCCAUCAACCUAGCUCCUGCCUCUCGGGGAAAUGGAUUACCGUACACUGACAGGAGAACCCCUCUUGUCAGCAUAGGUAGCGUCUACACUGCAGUACUACCACUGCAGCAUUGCAAGUGUAGACAAGCCCUUAGACAUGCUUUGGAGUCAGAUCAUGCCAUCUUGCCAGGGAUGUGAAGAGAUCAUAGCAGUUCAUGUGACUAUAACAAUGGUCCUCCCAGUCAAUUAAGAAGCCAUGUUAAUAGGCUCCGAAAAAGGAGUCUCAGUCAUACUCCGCUGGAAGCAAGAUGGGUUCAGGACUCAGGAACAAGACAAAGGGAAUUCUUAAAAAGGCUAAGAACUGCAGAUGCCUCAGAGGAAAUGCUAUUUAGGAGCAAUUCUAUUUAAAACAACAAUGCCUGAUUUUUCAGAGGUGCUGAGCACCCACCGUUCCCACUGUCUAACGAGAGUGCAGGUACUUAGCUCCUCCCAAAAACAGGCCCAUUGCCAUUUUUGCUUUAUUUUUCCUUCAUCCUUAGAAUACUUGCACCCAGACAGGAUCCUUGUGGAGUUCAUGAGCGCCUCCUACUCAUUCCCCCACCUGAUGCAAUCUUUUUGCUUGCAAGAUUCCUAUGUAGCUGCUGUGGGCAUGACAGUCAUCAUAUUCUCCCCCGUCUCGAGACGGCAAGUACAAGGGAGAUAAGGAUACUGGCAUUAGGCUAAAAGGGUUUUCAUGUCACAAAUCCUUCAACCCUUAAAUCAAUAGCCUUAGUUUUAGGCAACACCACAUAGGAAGCAGUGCUGUAUAUUUUUCAUUCAUACACAGCAGCACAAAAACAUAGAAGCUGAUCUGGACACACUUUACCAUAGUCCUUAGCAAAAUUUUUAUUACAUCAAUCUCUCACAAGUAGAUUACUUCUGAAGUUGCUGUGCUACUAAAAUAAACCUGAAGAAUCUGUUGCUGUUCUGUAACAUUCAGGGAAGCCCAGGGCAGGACACUCCUAUCUAUAACUGCCUCUUACCUAUCUGGUGGAUGGAGUAGUAGCUGUCUUUUUUGUCAAUGAAGGCAUUAAGUAUGUUGAAGUAAUUAUCCGUCUGCCUCUUCCCUUUCACCCACCUCCAAUCUAAGAGAUGCAGGGGGAAAAAAAAAUAGGUUACUUACUAGUAUACUUCUCCGCAUGUCACUGCUUAGUAGGACUUCCUUCAGGCUAUGAGUCAGAAGUCUUAUUACUAGGGACCUGUGGAGAUCCCAAAAAAGGACCACAUUUAACACAAGUAAAAGGGUCUUUUCAGAGGUGGGAAUUGAAGACAUGGUAAAAAUCAAUUCCAGGACAUGCAUUGACCCUUCUCUGUAAGGAUGCAUGGGCUCCCAAGGAGAGGGAAUAUCACGCACCCCAAAAAUCCCGCAAGCAUGAAAGAACAUUGGAAUUUCUAGUGCCCAGAAAGUCAUUGCAGAAGUGGGGCAGUUGGUUUGGGAAGGACAGGAUGCCAGUGCCAAAAGGUGUCUCCUGCCAAUCCACAGAACUUUAGCAGCAGCAGCCAUAGAAGAGACCAUGUAUCACAAAGCGUCAGCUGGCUACAGGUGUCACUUCUAGAAAGGUGGGAUUUCAGGGAGAGGCUGGAAGGCAUCUCAGCAGAAGAUUAAAAAUAAAAGUAACAAGUUUAACCAGCGUCAAAGUUUCAGGCAUACAAACCUGGGAAGUUUGGGGCUCUCUUGGCUAGCACUUUCAGGGGUCUCAAACAUGAAAUGGCAUUCUGCUUAUCUUGGGGGAUGGGGAAGAGGUUUUGCAGUAAUUUAAAAAAGCUCCGCAAACAAAACCACAGUCUAACAGUCAGCAGAAUAUCUGCAGGCUGCCAUAGCAAUAAAUCCAAAUGCUAAGGGUGUUCCUCCCCACAGAAUGACAUGAUCUUGUCUCCAAACACCCACUGGUACAGGGGGAAAGCAAGCUGCUCCACUGGUGCAGAGGAAUUUACAAGAACACUUUUUACUGGCUAGCACAGCCCUGGCCAAUUGUCCAUACAGAUUUAUUGAUGUUGAUUUGGAAGGAAGAGAUGCUAGUGAAACUCACUUGGAUGUUUCCAUUGGGGCUGCUUCAUCAUCUAGCUCUUCAGGUGAGAAGAGCUAGGGAAACUUUACCUGGAGCCCACAGCACCAUCAAGUUGUGCCGUCUCUCUUUGUUGCCCUAACGAGUUCACCAUCAUUUGGACUGGCUCUGGACACCUCCUUUAAAAAUGCAUUGAUUUACCUCUGCCUAAGUGCCGGCAGACCAAUGCCUGUGCGAAGAUCAUCUGGCCACACCUCAACAUGCAGCCCCAGCCGGUAUCAGAUGUGGGGCCUGUUCCUCCUGUAGCCAAGCAAAACAAUCAGAACAGAAUGUAAGGGUUAGACCAGCUGUCUAGUCACAGUGCAAUACAAUGGGAGAGGAGAGAGGGAGAACUUGGAGCGCUCUAGGUAUGCAAGGUGGGUGUUAUGAUAACAGAGACUCAUCUGCCAGACAAUGAUGCUGAGGAAUAAAUACAGAUUUAAGAGGCAAACCCUACCACCUGACCUUUAAGAAAAAUAAAGCCAGGCACUUACGGAAGACAGGGGUGAGUUUCAAGUAAAUAUCCAAUUCAGACUGGGGAAUGAGACAUGGGAUCACACCAGCCCUUAGGCAUGGGUCUGUGAACAGAUCUCCAGCCCAAGCUACCAGAAAUCUAUUUAUAUAUUUCAGAUAAAGGUGUUUUAUGGACUAUUUUCCCCAUAAUCUUCA